ACACACUCAAACCCCCACACACACACACUCACACUCUCCUGGAGGAAUGGCAGCAGCAUGGCUCUCUCCUGACAUGUUGGACUUGUUUUUGUAGCCCUGAUCGCAGGAUGUCCCCUCUGCAGAUCUCUCUUUACUGCCGCCUCUCCCUCGUCUUCUUCUUCACCUCCUUCCUCUUCUUCCUCGACAUUUUCACGGCCGCCAUCGUCGCCGAGACCUGUCCCCAUGGCAACGGCACUGAGGUCAACCAAUCGGAGGCCGGCACAGAAAGCGGGAAAACAGACUCAGUGUGUGAUUGGACAGACCUGCUGGCGUACGGUCAGACGCUCUUCAUGGUGGGGCUGCUGCUGGGCUCUCUGGUGGGGGGAGCCCUCUCUGACAGGUACGGUAAGCGCCCGGUGCUGCUGGUGUGUGUGUGUUUACACGCUUUCUGCGGCCUGGUUCCCGCGGUGUUCCCUCAGCCAAUCGUCUUCCUCGCUGUCCGCUGUGUGACGGGUGUCUGCUGCUGCUGCAUCAACAUCUGCUCCUUCAGCCUGGCUGUAGAGUGGACUCUCCCCUCCUCUCGUCUCUGGCCUCCAGCCUUCCUGCCCUUCUGCUUCUCUCUGGGCACGAUGGGGGGGGCUCCUCUGGCCUGGAUGAGCCUCACCUGGACGCAGCUCCACCUGUCGCUGUCGCUGCCUCAGAUCCUCUGUCUGCCACUCUACCUGUGGAUCCCAGAGUCUCCGCGCUGGUUGUUGUUGAAAAGGAGGAUGGACGUUCUGGAGCGUUACCGUAGCAACAGCCCUGCAGAUAAACAAUGUCUGGACCUGCUGUUAGACUCGGCGUGGUCUAACCUGCAGAAAGCCAGCGAGGCGGGGGAGGAGCCAACACCAGGAGGCCACGCCCCCGGUGACAUCAUCCACCUGAGUAACCGCACCGUGCUGCUGCGGCUGUUCAUCAUGAGCUACCUGAGUGCUGCGUCGGCGCUGACGUACUACGGGAUCUGCAUGAACAUCAGCUCGUUCGGCGUCGGCGUUUACUCCGCCCAGUUCUUCUCUGGUCUAUCAGAAGCCCCCUGCCUGCUCGUCCCAUUGGUCCGUCUGGGGCGGCGGCCAAUCAGCAUGCUCGCUCUGUUCCUGAGCGGAGCGUCCUGCUUCCUGUCGCUGCUGCUGUCCAGAUACAACGGUGCUCCGGUGCUGGUGAUGAGUCUGGCUCUGCUCGGGAAACUUUGCAUCCUCGCAGCGCUCUUCAUCUCCAUCCUGUACAGCAUCGAGCUCUUCCCCACCGUGGUCAGGCAGCGCUGUGUGUCUCUGGUGAAUCUGUGUUUCCGGCUCGGUUGCCUGGCGAACUCCCUCGUCCCCGCACACCCAAACGGAACGAUCUCAUUGGCUGCCAUGGUGGUGUACAGCAGCGGACCAAUCAUAGGCAGCGCUCUGUGUCUCCUACUGCCGGAGACCAGCGGCGUCCCGCUGCCCGACACCAUGCAGGACUGUGAGAGACAGCCCCCGCCCCCCAGCAUCUCUGCACUCUGGAGGAGGAGGAAGCUGGUAAGCAGCCAAAGCAGGAAACCAGAGACGCUCCCUGCAGAGAAAGGAGACACACACACUACACUCAUUUAACACUCAUUAAACAAACACACACACACACACACACACACACACACACACA